AUGGGUCGUGCCUACCGCAAGUUCGGCUGGUCAAGAACCACUCCUGACGGAUCUCCAUGGAUUGCUGUUUCCAAGACUCCCACGACCACAAGCUACGACGCAGAUACCUCCUCUUCCGAUACCACUUCUGAUGUCAGCGAUGAGUCUUACACUGCUCCCAAGACUCACGCAUCUGCUAAGGUCAAGACUUUCCUUGCCGCAACUCUCUCCUGGGGUGUCUCGGCUCCUGCUACGUCUUCCGCCGCUCCUGCUGCUGAGGAGGAGGACGACGAGACUGGAGAGGUUAUCGCUACGCCUGCUGACAACGGCGCCGAGUACCUUUCUCCUGUCACUGUUGGUGGACAACAGCUUAACUUGAACUUUGAUACCGGCUCCUCAGAUCUUUGGGUCUUCAGUACUUCCCUUACCAGCGCUCAGAUCGGAGAGCACAGUGCCUACAAUUCGUCAAAAAGCUCAACUUACCAAGAACUCGAUGGUUACACCUUCAGCUUAUCCUACGGUGAUGGCAGUGGUGCCGCAGGUAUCGUUGGUACUGAUACUGUCGACAUCGGUGGUGCAACUGUGACUCGUCAAGCUAUUGAAUUGGCCACUUCGGUCUCCAGCGCUUUCGUCUCGGACGCCGACUCGGACGGACUAGUCGGUCUUGCUUUCUCUACGCUCAACUCGGUGUCACCUAGACCGCAGAAGACCUUUUUCGAUAACAUCAUGUCUGAGUUGGCCCAACCCGUCUUCACAGCAGCUCUGGACCUCGAUGGAAGUGGCACCUACGAAUUUGGCACCAUCGAUGCGUCCAAAUUUACUGGCAACUUGAUGUUCACUCCUGUCAACGCCAGCUCUGGAUUCUGGCAAUUCGACAGCAACAGCUACAGUGUUGGCGGCAAGACGGUCACGAGAAGCAAUGCCACACCUGCGAUUGCCGACACUGGUACCAGUCUUCUCUUGCUUGACCCCGAGGUUGUUCAGGCAUAUUAUGCUCAGGUUCCCAGCGCUGUAUACGACAGCACCACUGGCGGCUAUGUUUAUGAUUGUUCGGAGGACCUGCCUGAGUUUGCAGUGGCUGUCGGAGACAACUACAUGGCCAACAUCCCUGGCUCAGGCAUCACAUUCGCACCAGUCAGCUCAAAGACUUGCUUCGGUGGUAUCCAGAGUAAUUCGGGCAGCGACCUGCAGAUCUUCGGAGAUGUUUUGCUCAAGCAUCACUUUGUUGUGUUCCACGGAGAGUCGGAGCUUCUGGGUAUGGCCGCCAAGGCCGAGUAG